AUGUCCGGAUUUCUUGGUACUUCACUUGCUAUACUUGCAGAUUCUUAUAAAGCUACUCACGCAUUUCUGUAUCCUGAAGCAAACAAGAAGUGUGUUGCAUAUGGUGAGUUUAGGUCUGGGUAUAAUAAUGACAAGGAAGAUACUCGUAUCCUCUUUUAUGGGUUUCGAUACAUAAUUGAAAAUUACGUUGCUAGACAAUGGACUUUACAAGAUAUCGAAUUAGCUGAAGAAUUCUAUGAAACUCAUAAUUUUAAUUACACAAGUUUUCCUUUUCCAAAAGACUUAUUUCUUAAGUUUAUUGAAGAAAAUGAUGGUUAUUUUCCUAUAAAAAUCGAAGCGUUACCGGAAGGUACUUCUUGCCAUGUACAUACACCCGUUUAUCAAAUUAUUGCUGAAAAAGAAUAUGCUCCGUUGGUAACGUUCAUGGAAACUUUGAUGACUAUGACUUGGUAUCCAUCCACUGUGGCAACACUUUCACGACGUGCACGUGAUAUAAUUGAACAAGCAUAUUUUGAUACUGUCAAUUUCACUAAAUCUGCUACGAUGAGUGCUAGUUACUAUGUCCAGUUUAAACUCAAUAAUAGAAAACCUGUUGGAACUGCCGUUCCUUCCACAGAGCAUUCAGUUAUGACUGCACACAAAUCUGAAAAAGAUGCUAUUUUACAUACAAUCAGACGUUUCGGCUCCGGUGUCUAUGCCUGUGUAAUGGACUCCUUUGAUUAUGCCAAUGCAUUGAAUAAUAUUUUGCCAUCGGUCGCUGCUCAAAAGCUUGAAAAAGGUGGUGUAAUGAUUCUUAGACCUGAUAGUGGUGAUCCUAUAGAAGUAGUUUUAAUGGCGCUCAGGGCUGCUGACAAAGUAUUUGGAAGUUAUACAAAUAAAAAAGGUUAUAAAAUUCUUCGUGGUUGUUCUGUUGUUCAAGGUGAUGCUGUAACCUUUGAAAGUAUGAAGAACAUUCUAAAUGCUGUCAAAGAAGCUGGCUAUUCAGUACAAAACAUAACUAUUGGUAUGGGUGCUGGUCUAUUACAAAAAGUUAAUCGUGAUACUAUGAGUUUCGCUACUAAAUUAUGUCACAUUACUUAUGCUGAUGGAACACAAAGAGAUAUUAUGAAGGCUCCUAAGACAGGUUCCAGUAAAACUAGUUUACCUGGUGAAUUUGUUGUAAAGAAAAAUGAACACGGUGUGCCAAUUGUUUAUCCAAAAGAGGCUUGUGCUGAAAAUGAUCCUGAGAAUUUACUACGUGUGGUUUACGAUCAUGGUAAAAUAUCAGAAUGGGACGAUUUUGACACUAUCCGAAAACGUGUGGCUAAAGAAUGGCCACUUUUACCACGUACUUAUGAUAACAUUAGUCCAGAACUUAAAUUGAAAAUUUCAAAAUGUCUUCAAGAAAUUAAAAAUAUUAUUUCGCAACAAUGA